ACACCCCGUUCAAAUCAAGGAGAAAGAAGAAAGAAGAGGGAAAUUGUUUUUUGAAACCGAAAAGAAAUUUUUACACAUCUGAUCAGUGAUGGAUUGUAAACGCGUCCGCUGCAGUUGGUUAAUGUCUUUAUCGGCUAAUGUCCCGCGAUGGAACGCGUUCUUCUUGUUGUUGGCCGUCCUGUUGUUCACGGGACAGGCCGCCACGGUCGACAUGCCGCAGAUUGGUGAUAUGGCCUCUAUCGGGUCGUCGGGUUUCUCCUGCGAAGGCAAAGUUAUCGGCGGCUACUACGCCGAUAUCGCCAGCAAAUGUCAAAUGUUUCACGUUUGCACGCUCGGACAAGAAGGUGAAAUUCAAGAUAUCAAAUUCCUCUGCCUGGCCGGAACCGUGUUCGAUCAAGAAACGAGAGUGUGCGAGAGAGUCGACGAAGUGGACUGUGCCAACUCGGAAGCCUUUUACAAUCUCAAUUUGGACCUCUACGGGCAGCACGGCCUCAUCCUUCAGACGGGCCGUAAAGUGCCGUCGGGAGAGGCAGGAUCUUUCGCCGACGAGCAGAAUCUUCAACAGACGGAUACUUUCUACGAUUACGCCGAUUACGAUGAAGUAGUCACUUCGACCGUCGCCUCCACCACGUCAACAGCCGGCACCACGUCGACGCCAGCACCAACUACCACGGAAACAACAACAACGGCGGAAGCGACAACCACAACGACCAACAGUCCAGCUCCGACUACGGUCGAGCCACCAACGUCUCCCAUCAUAUCGCAAUUACCAUCAUUUAGCCAACCGCAAAAUGAAUUAUCUGCUCCUUCCACUCUGGCGCCUCCGCUGAUUCAUUCCAGUCCAACUACUGCGCCGGAAUUCCAACCAGCACAGGAGAUUCCUCAGCCACGGCUGCCGAGUGAAAUCGCCGAAGAUGAAGAUGUCCUGAGAUUGUUGGGUCAGAUCGAGGCCGAUGUUCCUCGGAUUCCUUCGUUCGGUAAAUCAUCCGGCGGAAGCCGAGCCAACGUAUUCGUUCCUCGGGUUAGGCGGGAAGAUGCCGUCACUUCUUCAACUCCCGGCCCGAGAAGAAAUCGGACCAGGAAACCCGGCACUGGACGUCGAGGCAAUAAUCCGACGACACUUCGUUACACGUCCGAAACUCAGACUGGAAUUGUUUCGACACCGGCCGCAAUUACGGUUGAUGACAAGGGGCCAUUUACCUGCAUCGGACGCAUCAACGGAGGCUUCUACGCCGACGUGUCCAGUGGCUGCAGACGAUUCUAUACCUGUGGAGUUGGGAAAAAGAACAGAGUGGUGUCGCAUACUUUUACGUGUGGAACCGGGCUACUGUUUGACCAAGCCACGCUAACAUGUCAGGACAUUGACAAAGUGGAUUGCGCCUUGUCGCCGACUUUCUUCUAUCUAAACGAUCCUGCUCUCCGUCCAGCCGUUACAGAACCGAUGGUCACGGACACUUUUCAGUCGUUCAAAACCACCACCACCACAACACCUUCUCCUGAAGAAACAACAACAUCCUAGGAUUUGGAAUUUUUAUAUAUAAAUAAUUAAUAAGAAAGCAUUACGUUCGUUUCACCAUCGCCGGAUUGAUUAGUCUUGUGCCAUUGAUUUCCAGAUAUCAAGAAUACAUUCCUAUCAUAGAA